AAUUUUUGAAAACUUGAUUACAUUUCGCAAGAAUCAUUCCGACUAAAGCCAUAAUGUUCAAGGUAUUCGUUUUCAUCGCCUGCGUUUGCACUGCUUUUGGUCUUCCGCUAGACCAAUCACUUCCAGAAGUCGAUCAUCCUCAUGCUCACCACCCAGCACAAAUCACACCAAUAGUAUCGGAAGAAUUCGAUAAUACUGGGGAUGGAAACUUCCACUUUGGGUUUGUGUCUGGCGAUGGUACCAAGGUCCAGGAAGAUGGUGUCUUGAAUGUCUACGAUGAGAAGAACUCCGAAGAAGUUGUUCACGGUUCUUACGAGUAUACCUCACCAGAGGGAAGAAGUAUCAAAGUUCAAUACUUGGCCGAUGGAUCUGGCUUCCAUGCUUUCAGUGAUGACAUCCCCAAGAGUGCUGGAGUUGACUCGCAGGCUCAGUACGGCAAUUACGUCAACGAACACCACAGAGCCAGAUCUUUCCCAGUAACAGAACAGAAAGUUAAUGUUGUACCAGUUCAAGCUUUCCCAGGAAACCAAGGAUUCAACUACCCCGCUAAUGCUUAUAAUGUUCAGAACUAAUUGUAAAUAUAUCUUAUGAAAAUC